GCGCUGGGAUUGGCGGGCGGGGACGGUCUCGCGCUUCCGCGGCCACCGGUUCCGGUUCCGGUGGCGGCCCGGUGCGGGAGCGGCGGCGCGAUGGGGCUGAGCGCGGAGGAGGCGGCGGAGCAGGAGGACCGCUUCGACGGGAUGCUGCUCGCCAUGGCCCAGCAGCACCAGGGCGGCGUGCGCGAGCUCGUGAACACCUUCUUCAGCUUCCUGAGGAGGAAGACGGAUUUCUUCACCGGGGGAGAGGACGGAGUAGCAGAGAAGCUGAUCACAGAGGCCUUCAGCCACCACAACAAGCUGGCACAGAAGGAGCGCAGGGAGAAGAAGGCGCGGCAGGAGGCCGAGCGGCGCGAGAAGGCCGAGCGCGCCGCGCGCCUGGCCAGCCAGCACCAGCCGAACAGUGAGCCGCGCAUCAAGGAGCUCACAGACGAGGAGGCAGAGAGGCUGCAGCUCGAAAUCAAACAGAAGAAAGAGGCACAAGGGCAGGGUAACAGUGUCCCAGUGAAACCCUCGGAGGAGGAGGAGGAAGGUGAAUCUUCAGAUUCCAACAAACAGGGAUCAGAUGAUGAAGAGGAAGAUGAGAAGGAUAAAGGAAAACUUAAGCCCAACUCUGGCAAUGGAGCUGACCUUCCAAAUUAUAGAUGGACACAGACUCUUUCAGAACUGGAUCUGGCUGUCCCCUUCAAGGUGAGCUUCAGGCUGAAGGGCAAGGACGUGGUGGUCGAUAUCCAGAGACGCCGCCUCAAGGUCGGCCUCAAGGGCCACCCUCCUGUCAUUGAUGGGGAGCUCUUCAAUGAGGUCAAGGUGGAGGAGAGCUCCUGGCUCAUUGAGGAUGGCAAAACAGUCACCGUGCACCUGGAGAAGAUCAACAAAAUGGAAUGGUGGAACAAACUGGUCUCCACAGACCCAGAAAUCAACACCAAGAAAAUUAAUCCAGAGAAUUCAAAGUUGUCAGACCUGGACAGCGAAACUCGCAGCAUGGUGGAGAAGAUGAUGUAUGACCAACGACAGAAGUCCAUGGGCCUGCCCACCUCUGAUGAGCAGAAGAAGCAGGAUAUUUUGAAAAAAUUCAUGGAACAGCAUCCAGAAAUGGACUUUUCAAAGGCUAAAUUCAACUGAGCUCUUUCCCUACCCCCCCUCUUUCAGUCAGCCCAUUGAAUGGGGCAGGAUAUGUUUGGUUGGAUAUUCCUCACCUUGGGCAAGUAAAACUUCAGCAUCCCCCACCCGAGCUUGCUGUGGAGGCACCUGCUCAGUCACCCUCAGUGUCCUGGGAGCAGCAGGCAGGGCCCCAGAGCAGCUCCAGACAGAGCCAUCUGCCACAAUUCCCAAAGGGCAGUGAGGAGAGAAGGAGGGGUUAGAGCCGGAAAGCUGAGAGAGCCAGACCUGAGAGGUUUUGGGAUAAAUCCUAAAGGUAUUGCUUCACUUCCCUGGGCUGCUCUGAGCUGCUCAUCUGCUCUUUGCCACCGGCACAGGUACUCCUGAGUUCUACUCCCUCCUGCUCUCCUGUGAAAACAAGGGUCAGUUUAUUUUGUAAAAUAAAUCUUUUCCUGCCUUCUUGGGAAGUGAAAACAGCAGUUGAAAAGCACAGCUAUUGCAGUGGAGACAGACCCUGCUUCUCCUUGCUGCUGCUCCUGUUUGUGCCAGAAGUGGGACAGCUGGAGCACUCUGGGGCUCCCAGCAGGGAUGGAGAGAUCAGCCUGCUGUCCUGGAGCAAGGAGAGGCUGGAGAGUCUGUGGCUGUGGGUGGGAGAGGAUGUGGGGGGCUUUGGGGAUGCUGUUGUUGCUGGGAGUGUCUCCUGCCUCUUUCCCAAGAGCCUCUCUCCCCGCUGCGCUCUGUGCAAGCUCCUGCUGACGAGUGGCAUCACUCUGCAUGUUCCUGUCUGUUAAAACUGCAGUGCAACAUAAAGGAAAACAAGUGGAAUAUCUCA